AUGGAGGCAAUUAAUAGACGACAAUUACCAUACAAAACGAUAAUCGUCAGUAUUAUAGUAUUAAUUCUACUCGUUUUAUAUUCAUUAACAGACAAUGCCGGUGAAAAUAAUGACGAAGAAAUAACUGUAUCUCUUUGUCAAAUACAUGUUCAAAUUGAUGGAUCGGAUGGAUUUGAUGAUCGAACACUUCUUUCAUUAUUGGCUACAUUAAAAAUGCAUGAUUUUUUUAUUGGACAACCUGUAUGGGGACCAUCAAAUACUCUUCUUUAUCUAUGUGAACAUCGACUUAAAAUAGGUGUAAAACAAUCAAUCCUUGAUAGAGAACUACACAAUACGAUAAAAAAUGGUCCAAUAUCAUCAGGACGUUUUGCUUGGUCGUGUGCUUGA